AUGUCUCAAUUCAACCUUUCGCUAAAGGACGAGAACUUUGUGGUAAUUGAUAAUGGCAGCUGGAGUAUAAAAGCGCGUAAAGGAAUUCGAGAAAUUUUAGAGAUUCCUUCCGUCUUCCUUCCAACUGCAAGUGGUCAUAAACUUGAAGCCUCAGAAAAAAGGGAGAAUAGAUUAUCUCAUGCUUCAAGAUCACCAUCAUCAAUUAACGAAACAAAAAAUCAAAUAAAUUCCGAAACGAAUCUCCUCCAAAAGAAUAGCAGUAGUGAGUUUUCGUCUCACUCUUCGCCAAUAGAACGCGGUGAAAUAAAAAAUUGGGAUGAAUUGGAAGCACUCUGGCGUCAUAUACUUACAAAGGAAUUCGGUAUCAGACGGUCGUGUAAUGAGUGUCCUGUUAUACUGACAACGCCGAGUUGGUGGACGAAAUUUCAACAUGAACGUAUUGCUCGGAUAUUUUUCGAGAAUUUCAAUGUUCCGGGUCUUUAUAUCGCAGAUCAAGCAUUAAUGGCAUUGUAUGCGUGUGGAAGCUUAAGUGGACUAGUAGUUGAUGUUGGAUAUGGGAAAACAGAUAUUAUACCAAUUUUCGAGUCAAUCAUCCAAUAUCACGCCAUACAAACAUUGCCAAUCGGGGGACAAGAAAUCGACAAAUAUCUUCUCGGUAUUUUUCAAUCGAAUGAACAACAGUUCUUGAUUGGAUAUGAUGGCACAAUAGAUAUUGAUUUUUCUCGAGCUAUUAAAGAGAUUACAGGUGGCUAUCACGACGACGAGUAUGAAGAGCAAGAUAAAAAAGAUGAAGCUGAUAAAUAUCUGAAAGAAAUCGAAUAUCAUGGAAAAAGAUUCACAAUCAAUACUGAACGACUUCAACCCGCACAACCAUCCUUCAAUCCAAGUCUCGUUGGGAAAGAUGAAGUGGCAUCUCUGCCAGACGCCAUUCAUCUUGCAAUAUCCAGCUGUGAUUUAGAAAAACGAAAUAUUCUAUGGGAAAAUAUUGUUCUUACGGGCGGUUCAUCUUUAAUAAAAGGGUUCAGAGAACGCCUUCAGAAAGAGCUUGACAAAUAUUCGAGUGUGACUGCGAAUGCUGGAGAUUCUCAAUAUAAGGAAGUGAAAUUUAUCAAGAUUCCAGAGUAUGUAUCAGAUUUUAAAGAACGGCAGGAUUUAGCGGCUUUUCUUGGGGCUUCGAUGGUAGCCAAGCUCGUAUUUGGGGAUCCCAAGAAUUUCAUAAGUAAAGUCGAUUACAAUGAGACCGGCCCGACUGUCGUUCACACACUGAGUUAUUAG